AGUCUGAACAGCACAAAGAUUUUAACAGAGUGGGAAAUGGACGCAGAAGGACCCGAUGACUCGGAGCUGCGUCUGGUGCUCGUCGGCUCUCAGAGGUUUGGGGUAAAUGCUGUGGCCAGUUCCAUUUUGGGCCUGGAGGGCCCGAGCGCCCAGGACUGGGGCAAACGCACGGCCCGCAGCGUGACCCGCUCUGCAGAGGUGAAGGGCAGGAGGGUGAAGCUGGUGAAGGCGCCCGCGUGGCUGCGGAGCUACCACCUCCAGGACACUGCGGAGCUGGUGAGACAGGAGCUGGUGCUGAGUCUGGCCCACACUCGGCCCGGGCCACACGCCUUCAUCCUCCUGUGUGAGGUGGACCUGCCCUUCACCAGCGCCUGUGCCCGCGCUGUGGACGCUCACCUCAGCCUGCUGGGUCCACACGUGUGGGCUCACACUCUGCUGCUCUUCACCUGUGGAGACUGGCUGGGACACAGCUCCCUGGAGGACUACCUGGAGGGGGAGGGCUUACACCUGGCUCAGCUGUUGGACAGGUGCGGACACAGAUACCUGCUGGACUCCACCAGCGCUCCUGACCUCAGCCGCAGACUCAUGACCAAGGUCCAGGAGCUGCUGAAGGACAACGGGGGACAACACUUCCACAUAGACGAGGACAGAAUACAGAGGAUUGUCCAGAGCAGAGAAGAGGUGAACAGGAGAGCGGAGCAGAGGAGGAUGAGGAGGAAGAGGAGCGAGGAGGGGAGCCGAGCCCAGAGCCAGGCCUGCUCCCUGUCUGAGAUCACCAUUGCUCUGCUGGGUUGGGUUUUCGCUGUAAAGACCAAAGUUCGCUGUGCUCUCCUCGGAGUCCCUGAAUAUGAAGGUCGCACUAUGACGUGUACCAAGAUCAGCGUUGGCCUGAGCGAGCAUCUCAAACUCACUGUACUGGACGCUCCUGGGUGGUGGAAGUACUUCUCUCACAGUUUAGUCCCUCGGCACAUCAGGACGGAGAUCCAGCAGGUGUUCAGGGAGUACCAGGAGGCGGGGCGUCUGUCCACACAGGGCCGGGCGGUGCUCCUCAUGAUCCCGGCAGACACGUCCUUCACGCAGGAGCAGCUGAAGAUCAUACAGGACAACAUGAAGCCUCUGGGCGAGCAGAUCUGGAGGCGUACGAUUCUGGUGUUCACGCGCGGUCACUGGCUCGGGGAGUUCACCAUAGAAGAUCACAUCGAGAGCGAGGGGGAGGCGCUGGUGUGGCUGGUGGAGCAGUGUGGGAACAGGUACUUUGUGUUUGAUGGAGAUGCAGACCAGAGUGGACUGAAGGCUCAGGGGCAGCAGCUCAUCCAGAUGGUUUUGGACCUGUGCACGUCCGGACCAGAUCCACACCAAAACCCUGAACCAAACACAGCACAGGAACCUGGAGAAGAGCCUGAGGAGGAGCCAGUGGAUGAAGACCUGAGGAAGAUGGUGGGCGUCCUGCACAAGGUCUGGGCCUGGGGCUCAUGGGAAAUCGAGGAAUUGGCGGCGAGAUUUUUUGAGCGACCUUUGUACGAGUUUGCAGAUAUGGCAAGCAUGCACCUCACCAAUGUGUUCAAAGGCUCAUCAGAUGUGCGUCUGAUCAAACAGCCCCGAGAGGUGGUGGAGACGAUCCUGAGGGAGGAGAUGAGAGGAAAGACUCUGGAAGAGGUGGUGGACACCGCUCUGCAGAUCUACUUCAGGAAGGAGGUUGGAGCCUUCGACAUCGUGUCCAUCAUCUGUGAGAAGGACCAGUUCAAACCAGAGUGGAAGAGUCUGUUUGAGAGAGAAUGGGCCAGACGUGAAGUCAGGCUCAAGGAAUAUGUGUUUAACCGAUAUGUCCGAGCAGGGGCAGAUGAGGCGCGGAAACUGAUGGAGAGCCAUUACAAAGUGUCCAGGUGGCUCGACGCCAUGCCCCCGUCCAUAGAAGACCUGGUGAAAGUUGUCACGCUCAAACUGCAGUCUGCGCUCUCUCAGUCGCUCCUGUCUGGACCUUUGAGUCGGAGCAGCUCUCCAGAAGUGUUUGUUAUAAAAGGGUGUCUGUCUGAAUGUCCCUGUCUGGGCACGUUACUUGACAUCUCAUGUUGUACUGAGGCCACACUGGACUCGCCUGCAGACCUGCGGCUCGUCCUGCUGGGCUCGCAGAGGUUUGGGGUGGCCUCAGUGGCGAACAGGAUCCUGGGGGGAGCAGAGGAGAUUCAGUGGGGGAUGUGUAACACCCACAGCCUGAGUCGCACUGUGGAGGUGGAGGGAAGGAAGGUGCAGUUAGUGAAGGCCCCAGUCUGGUUCAGAGGGUACCACCUUAAGGACACUGCGGAGCUGGUGAGACAGGAGCUGGUGCUGAGUCUGGCCCACACUCGGCCCGGGCCACACGCCUUCAUCCUCCUGUGUGAGGUGGACCUGCCCUUCACCAGCGCCUGUGCCCGCGCUGUGGACGCUCACCUCAGCCUGCUGGGUCCACACGUGUGGGCUCACACUCUGCUGCUCUUCACCUGUGGAGACUGGCUGGGACACAGCUCCCUGGAGGACUACCUGGAGGGGGAGGGCUUUCACCUGGCUCAGCUGUUGGACAGGUGUGGACACAGAUACCUGCUGGACUCCACCAGCGCUCCUGACCUCAGCCGCAGACUCAUGACCAAGGUCCAGGAGCUGCUGAGCGCCAACGGGGGACAACACUUCCACAUAGACGAGGACAGAAUACAGAGGAUUGUCCAGAGCAGAGAAGAGGUGAACAGGAGAGCGGAGCAGAGGAGGAUGAGGAGGAAGGAGGGAACUAAGACAAAACCAGAUUCCCUCAUGUCUAAAAUAACCAUCAUGCUGCUGGGUUGGGUCUUUGCCAACAAAACCUCCGUCUAUGGUGCUCUCUGUCCCUCGCUCCUCCCUGAAGUUGACGGGCGAACAGAUAAAUGUGUCAGUAGCUCCAGGAGGGUGACAGUGGGCUCCUCCUCCGUGUCCCUAACCGUAGUGGACAUUCCCGGGUGGUGGAAGUUCUUUGACGCCUCUUUGGUCCCCAGCGGUGUCCGAGCGGAAAUAAACAAAGCAUUUGAUAAGGCAAAAGCAGCCCAACAAACCCCAUACUCAAGAACAGCCUUUCUUCUGAUGCUGCCGGCAGAUACCUCUUUCACACAGGAGCAGCUCGGGAUUCUAACCCAGAACCUGCAGCCUCUGGGGGACACUGUCUGGGAGCAGACCAUCCUGGUGUUUACUGGAGGUCACUGGGUGCAGAACUUUGAUGUGGAGCUGCACAUUGAGGCUGAGGGAGAAGCUCUUGUCUGGCUGGUGGAGCGCUGUGGAAACAGGUAUUUUGUGUUUGACACUGAAGCAAACAAGAGUGGACUAAAGACUCAGGGGAAAAAGCUGAUUCAGAUGGUUUGGGACCUGUGCCAGAGCAAACCAAUGAAAGGAAGGACAACCAGAGGCAAACACCAAGUUCUCACCAAAGACUGCCCUGAAGUCUUCACAGACGAUCCCCCUCAAGUCCUCACUAAAGAUCCUGCUUUGGCCAAAGCUCAGACCUCAGUGGACGAGGACCUGAGGAAGAUGGUGGAAGUCCUGCACCAGGUUUGGGGGUGGAGCCAGUGGGAGAUCCAGAAAAUCAAGUCCAGACUGGACCUAAGACCAAUCCUGCAGGUCAGGGACAACAGGAGCGUGUUUACACCUACCGGAUGGCAAAUCUGA